GCAGCUUAUGCUAAUUUGUCAACAUGAGAGGAAAUCCUCCUUAGAGCCGAACUCGUGAGAGGGAGACGGAGCUACAUGGGAACCUAUUAGAUAUCCAAUUCUCCUGUCAGCCACCUCACUGGGGGAGAGAACGAGGGAGAGUGUGUAGCUGCGAUGGUGGACACACAGGGAUUCCAUUCGAACCCAGCCCUGCAAGUGACGGACAUGGCGUAUAGGAAAGUACGUGCUGGCCGCAGUUCUCUCCGUGUGCGAGAUCUGGAGAACGAGGAGCUUCACACUGCUUCCCUGGAACUAGAAUGGGACAUGGAGAAAGAGCUGGAGGAACCGGGUCUGGACCGCUUCCAGCUGGAGUGUGUGGAGCAUCAACCUGUGAGCAGCUCUUCCGGUGUAGGCAUGGACCCAGACCUGGAACCAAUCCAACCUUCCGUCUCCCCCCACGGACGUUUUGAGCGUCUGCAGGAGGACCCUAAUUACGUUUCUCGUUUCAGCCGGUCGGUACCCAAGGGCCAGAGAAGGAACGGGACCUGCCUCGCCAAAUACUUGUUAGCCGGGGUGGGAGUGUUUGCUCUGGGGCUGCUCAUUGGACGAUACGCCUUCAGCAAGGAGCAAGUGAAGGUAGAGCCAAGUGCAGACACAGACGUGCUGGAGAAGAUUGUUCAGGGAAUCACAGCUGAGAAGAUACAAGCACUGCAGAGGGACUUUGACAGCUUUUCUGAUCUCACGGAAGAGUCCAAGGUCAGGUACAUCGCUCAGCGGUGGGAGGAGCUCGGAUUAAAAGACGUCCAGUUGACCAAUCACACGGCUCUCCUGAGCUAUCCCGGACCAGCCCUCAGCACGAUCACCGAUAUAGGUGGAAACCAGUGUUACCUGUCCAGCGGAGCGAGGUGUGACCAGCCAUUCACAUCCACGACUGAACCGUUUGCCUUUGCAGCCUAUUCGGCUGUGGGAAAUCUAGUGGCAGAGGUGGUGGACAUACAGUACGGGAGUCCAGAUGAUUUGAGACGGGUCCAAGCCAGUGCAAAUGUGACCAAUAAAAUAGCACUGCUGAAACUUGGACAAUCACCUUUACUUUACAAGCUCUCUCUCCUGGCAGAGGUGGGAUUUGGUGGCUGUCUUCUCUAUGUAGAUCCAUGUGAUGCCCCAUUUGGGAACAAGACAUUUGGGGUAACGCUGAACCCAGGAGGGAACCCGUUUUUUCGAGAAGACACCAGUACUGCCAGAAGAGACAGUCGCCACAACCUGACAUCAUUGCUGGUUCAGCCCAUCUCUGCCUCCUUAGCGAAACUGCUGCUCUCUGCCCCCGCCAUGGGGCAGGGAAGACCCUGCGUCCCCAUGGCCAUGCCCUCAGCCUCAGCAAGAAAACUCAUAAAUCUCACCAUUGAAAACCAGGCAUCCUUCAAGACUGUGCACAAUGUUAUUGGAUAUCUCAAAGGCAAGACCAAUCCAGAUCGAUAUGUACUGGUUGGCAGUCGUCAUGGCAGCUGGUACGAGGGUGCGUUGGCGGACUGGGGGAAAGGCUCUGCAGUCAUGACUCAGAUCAUUGCCUCCAUGACGGCUCAAACCCGUGCGGGCUGGCAGCCUGACCGCACCGUCGUCUUCUGCUCCUGGGGGGGAACCUCACUGGGCAACAUCGGCUCCUUUGAGUGGGGGAGGGAGAAUGCAGUGGUUCUUCAGAGCCGGGCAGUGGCUUAUGUCAGCCUGCACAAUCCCGUCAGAGCCUCUGGAUCCCUGCAGGCCACAGCGUCACCUUCCCUUCAGCAACUGGCAGCUGAAACCCAAAAGAGACAUUCGACGAGCUGCAGCAGAGGAAGUGGUUGUCCUGGUCCGAAUGUCAGCUCGCUGCAGACAUCUGGAGAUUUGAGCUUUUUCUCCAGUCUUGCUGUCCCCACAGUGGAGUUCACAUACUCAGAGUACCCUAAAACAGAGAGAGCGUUUUUUCUCACUGAGGCCUUUUUCCCUCCCGAGUCUUUAUUAAGAGAGACCUUGGAUCCAGCCUUCAAACUCCAUGAGACUAUUGCCAAGAUCACAGCCGAGGCCAUCCUGCGACUUGCUACGGAUCCCGUUCUUCCAUUUUACCCUUUGGAUAUCGCUCUUGAUGUUCAGAACAAACUCAAAGAUGACCCACUGUGCCGGCAGGACCUGCUAAAUGUGGCUGCAUCUUUGAGAGACAACUCAGCAUUCUUCCAAUCUGAGGUCAUGCGUCCUGCCAAUGACCCCAAAGAGAGAGAUCCCGCCCACGUACGCAUGCUCAACGACGUCCUACGAGACCUGGAAAAAAGCUUCCUUAUCCCAAACCCACCUCUUGGCUUUUACAGGAACAUUCUCUAUUGCUUGAGCAGACAAUCUCCACGCUUCUCAAUCCUGAAGGAUGCCCUGGAAGUCCCCUGGCACAACAGCGUCAACCAGUCCCUGACUCUGGUAACCAGUGCCAUCAGUUCAGCAGACAAACUCAUAGAAAGUGGACUUGACCUGUUUGAGAAUGAAAAUGACAUCCCGCAAUGACAUCUGAAAAGAGAACACACCUUACGGCGUCAGAAUAUGACACAAUCCUGAGAUCCCCUGGUCGACACAGAGGUUUCAAAGGGAUCUGAAGACACUUUGAGAAAUAGAGGGUAUCGUUAUUAAGUGCACUAUUAACCUGAGGUUCACUUGAGGAGUUUCUUCAGGCCAAUACUAAGUUAUUGUUUUUGUUCCUCUAAUGAUGUUCAAAAAUGGAUCUAGAAAGAUUGAUGACAAAAGAGUCAGGGAGCUCGCAGGGUCGAGACUUUUUGUUCUGAGGAAAAAUACCAGCAGGUUUAUCACUUAUAUUUCCAAUCACACAAACCCAAGAGGACGACUGGAGGUCAGGACUCAAAGCAGGUUCAACUUGAUGUUUGAAACACAUUUCAAAAUGUUUUUAGGAUAUAUGUUUUUUGGUUAAUAAUACUAAGACUAGUCCACCAUUUUUUUCAAAUGGCAAGCAAUGGCCUUUGAAUAAGGAGAAAUGCUGUGACUCGAAAUCAACGAGUCAGAUGUGAUAAUGCAGAAUAUGCUAAUGUACUAAUACUGAUACUGUCUGAUUGAAAAGAGAAAGCUGAAAGGAAGUUACUGUGACAGUCUCUCAGGGGUGUUUGUUUCAGAAUCUGUAGAAAAAAUAGGAACUGCAGGUAAACCAAUUUAAAGUUGAGCUAAGAGAGCUUGAGUCAACAAACCAAGAAUUCAGGGUAAUGAUUGUUCUGAUACAAAAAAAAAAGCAUUUAGGCAAUACAGUAGUGGUAUAGUUUGUAAUGUACUAAUAGCUUUGUAUAUGAAAGUAGUCAUAGUAUUUUAGUUUAUAGGUCAUAAAUUCAAGGUGAACAGAGGCAAGUCUUUAAGAGGGCUGAAUUGAGUUUGCAAUUUGAUUGGGUGACAUUAGACCAAUGAGGAGCCAUGAUGGCAAAUAUAUAAGCUACACAAACAGUGCAGGUGUAUGAUGUCGUAAUGGACUGUCAUGGUAAUGUCAAGUUAACGUCUUUUAUAUUCUGGAGGCCAGUGUAUUUGUUCUCAGCAUUUGCACUAAUGUUGUUUUCCUCUGGCAACUAUUUGGGGGGAAUUAGGAUAAAACUAAUAUCUUCCCUUUUACUUUAGAUACUUAACUUUUACAGUAGUAGUUCGCCCAAAAAUGAACAUUUGAUGAAAAUCUACUCGCCCUCAUGCCAUCCAAGAUGUAGAUGAGUUUGUUUCUUUAUCAGAAUACAUUCGGAGAAAUUUAGCAUUGCAUCACUUGCUCACCAAUGGAUUGUCUCCAGUGAAUGGGUGCCGUCAGAAUGAGAGUCCAAACAGCUGAUAAAAACACAGUAAUCCACACAGCUACAGUCCAACAAUUCAGUCAACAAUUCAGUCUUGUGAAGUGAUAGGCUGUGUUCUUUACAGACAUUUUUUUUUACUUCAGAUCAUAGCACCCAUUCACUGUAGAGGAUCCAUUGGUGAGCAAGUGAUGCAAUGCUAAAUUUCUCCAAAUGCUUAGAUGAUAAAACAAACUGAGGCCUGAGGGUUAGUAUAUUUUCAGCAUGUUUUUCCUUUUUUUGGUGAACAAUUCCUAAGCUAGAAAAACAGCUUAAUUAGAAACACAAAAUUCAGGGAAUCUAGUUUGACCCAGCUUUAAUUUAUUGACGUGCCUUCGAAUGAGUCACACAUACUUUUAGAGCAGCAAUUUGCACUCAGAUAUUUAAAUACCAAACAUUUAACAAAAUAUCUUGUACUGUGGUUGUUUUUAUUUAAAAUGUUUCAUUUGUCAAGUAAUCAUUUGAAGAACUUUUGCUGUUUUCUUUCUGCCAUUUUAUUGUUUCUUAUCUGUUUACUAACCCCCUGAAACAUUUUUUAGAGAGCACCCAUUUAAAACUGUGUUUUAUUUUUCCAGAGUCAGCGUUUCCUUGAUAAUUAUGACAAGCCUUUUAAACAGAUACUGCAUUUGCACAUGGAGAAAUGCAGUGGACCCAUCUACUGCUGGUUUACUACGCUAAACAACCCAGUCCAGCUCAUUUGCACUGCACUAAAAUGAACUGUUAAACUGUCACCCUGCCUGUGUGUUUGUACAGUAUGUGUGCCGUUGUAUUUAUUUUAUUUUCUAAAUAAUUAUGUAAAUACAUUUAAUUUAACCUGGCAUAUUUUUUUCUGUUGACCCCAGAGAAUUUUCAGGUUCAGUUGUGUUGUGCAUUGCAGUCAUUUGUAUGAAUUUUAUAUCAUGUGAAAUCUCUCUAAAACUGCAGCUGCAAAGAUGCAUGAAGUGUUUUUAUGCAGAUUAGGAUAAAGAAGUCAGACAAGAGUUUAGAUUUAGAAUAGUAGGCUAUUCAUUCUCAUCGCUAGAAUAAAGUGUCAGGCAAUGAAAUUGCACAGUAAUUUUUUCUCAGUGUAACAACUCAAGCAAACAUAUACAAGACACAAAGCUGUUAUUGGGAUGGUACCAUAAAGUAAAGUAAAAAACCUUAUUUAGCCCUAAAUGGUGCAUAUAAGUACAUCCUAGUACUACAACCCUAGUGACAAGUUUUGUACCUUUUUUCAUUAAGUAAACCCAGAUAGGGUGAUCAGGACUCCUACACAAAUCAGAAGGGGUUUAUUUUGCAAAAACAGCCAUUGGACUAUGUGUUAUCUCACUUAUUAUGCUGCCGCUCACCAAAUAAAUUAAUUAAUUUGUCUAUUUUUAACAAUAACGAAGUAAUCUGAUGUCAUUUUCACUACAAUUGAUAACUGAGACAAGAUGGUGGAGUUGUGCUUUCAUAGAACAAGAAAGUAACACUGGUUUCAGUUAAGGUGUAGUCACAUAUCGUUGUUUGACAAAUGCUUGGGAGUGAAAUCUAAUCAAUUCCAUAGGAAUCCGUCCGACUUGGAAUUUUGUGUUGGGGGGGAAUGUUUCUCCACAAACAGUAAAUUUUGCAGUUUUUCAUUCAUAUUCGUAAAGUGGAGAACAUUUUCGCCUUCCCACACACACAAAAAAAAAUUCUAGAUCAUGUGGAUUCUGAUUGAAAAGACAUGAAAAUUUGCCAAGCAAUGGUAAAUUGUCACUUUUACUUGAAUGAGCGGUUUAAUAAACAUAGAGAGUUCUUAUAUAGGCGACAACAAAAUAUCUAAACCGCUAAAUGCCCCAACUGACCAAUCAGAAACGAGUAUUUUAGAAAGCCAUGUACUGAAUACAUAUGUAGAGUAGAUCUGUAAACAGUUUUUUCCAGUAUUUUUUUUUCCAUGGCAUAACGUUAUAUAAGUAUUGUUGUAAAUGCAGUGCAUGCUAAAUCACUCUUGUAAAUUGGAUGUCGAAGCUUGAGAACACCCGGUGUGGAGAGCAUCACUCCUGAACAUAAUUCAUACAGUGUGUUUGGUGACACAUACUAAAUGACAUUUUAGUGCAUUUAAUGUCCGAUACUAAAUGACAUUUAUGUUUAGUCUCAAUGGUCCACAGAGGUUGAAUCCAGACAUUUUGUAUAGCCAGUGGGGCAUUAAAUAUAAUUGUGUUGUCUUUAGUUUGAUGUCUCGUGGACCCACAUGGGUCAGAAAACACCUAAUGGAUGGACAAUGUGAACACGCUGUCGCCGUUUAAACGGGUGGAAGGUUUUAUUUAAUUCACGGUAUGUUGGAGAAAGGAAUAUUUAAAAUGAGAAGCGAUAUAAUGUGAUAUUCAAAAUGCACUUAACUGUAAUAAGGGUAGAGAGGAUUUCAGAUGCAUGUGAUUUUUUUCUUCUGCUUGAUUUGUAUGCGACUGAACAUAAACUGAUCCUAAGGCAAUAAAUACCAGUGCUGGAAAAACAUCUGUUGGAUCAUCAAUCUCAUUUAAUUUUUAACUGAAAGACU